UCAGUCCUCCUGACUCGUUCCCACUGAUCCAUAAUUUCAACUGGAUAGACUAUCCCAUUGUUGCCGCCCCAUCAUUCUUUAUCUAGAUCAGUGAGAACGAAGACCGAGGUCGGAAGGGAGGAUAGAUAAAACACGAAUGAGAGGCACCCAUCUAUGGUUGUUUGGAGGUAACCUGCACCCCUGCACCACCACGGCAUUCAGAAGUGAAUUUGCUGAAGGCCUAGAGCCCCAAACUUUUGCGAUAAUCACAAUUUGUGCACCCAUCUAUUGCAAUUGACUGAACAAUAAUGGGAGAUCCCACAAUGCACAGAGAUUGUCCACUUGAUUGCAAGGUGUAUGUGGGCAAUCUUGGGAACAACGGCAAUAAGACAGAACUGGAGAGAGCCUUUGGCUACUACGGCCCCCUCCGUAGUGUUUGGGUGGCCAGAAAUCCUCCAGGCUUUGCCUUUGUUGAAUUUGAGGACCCCAGAGAUGCCACGGACGCUGUGAGAGAACUGGAUGGAAGAACACUGUGUGGGUGUCGUGUGAGAGUAGAGCUGUCCACCGGAGAGAAACGCUCAAGGAAUAGAGGACCACCUCCAUCAUGGAGCCGGCGUCCACGUGAUGACUACAGGCGACGCAGUCCACCCCCUAGACGCCGAUCACCGAGGAGGAGGAGCUUCAGUCGAAGCCGCAGCAGGUCUCUGUCCAGAGACCGUAGGCGGGAGAGGUCGCUCUCUCGUGACGGGAACCACAAGCCUUCGAGGUCCUUUUCAAGGUCAAAGAGUCGUUCUAGGUCCAACGACAGGAAAUGAAAAUGGCGAGGAACCACUAGUUCCUUGUAGAAGAACUGUCCAGAAGGAUGUGAUUGUGUGUGUGUGUGUGUGUGUGUGUGUGUGUGUGUGUGUGUGUGUGUGUGUGUGUGUGUGUGUGUGUGUGUGUGUGUGUGUGUGUGUGUGUGUUACCUUGUCUCUCAUUUUCGCCGUAACAAUAUGAGACUGUCUAAGCCUUCCUAUGUUUACUGUAUGCAAAUAUCAAAAUUCACGGUUAUUUCUAUAGCACACCUCCCAUUUGCUAGUUCAGUGAUUUAGAACAUUUUGCUUACCUGGUUUACACCUUUUAUGUUUGCCAUUAGCAGCCACCAUUGCCUUGUUCAUACUGAAACUCCAUAGAUUUAUUUUGUAUUAUUAUUAUUAUUAUUUAUCAAUACAUUGAAUGUUUCUCUAUAUUUGAAUUAAAAUGUUUCAGUGA